CACUACAAGACGGUAGUACCAAACCGCGCCUGGAGCCUGACGCAAGGUAGCGCAUCCAGAGAACAGAGAGAGAGAGAGAGAGAGAGAGAGAGAGAAGAUGGACGGAGUGGGAUCGUUCGGAGCGGGCUUAGCGGGCGCUGCCUUCGACCCGGUUUUCUUCAUCAAGCAGCCGACCACCGUCCUCAGGAUCCUGUCCUGGGUAUUCUCCCUGGUGGUGUUUGCCUCUAUAGUGAACGAGGGCUAUGUGAACCUGGGUAGUGAGCGUCUCCACUGCGUGUUCAAUAAGAACGCUGAUGCGUGUAACUACGGCGCGUUCUGCGGGCUGGUCGGUUUGCUGGUCUGCUCCAUCUUCUUCCUGCUGGACGUCAAGUUCCAACAGAUCAGCUCUAUAAAGGACAGGAGGAAUGCUGUGAUGCUGGAGGUCGGGGCUUCAGGUUUCUGGACGUUCCUGUGGUUUGUGAGUUUCUGUUUCCUGGCCAAUCAGUGGUCUAGGACCGCCCCCGAGGACCUGCCACUCAACCAGGGUGCCGACGCAGCCAGGGCCUCUAUCGCCUUCUCGUUCUUCUCCAUCCUCACCUGGGCUGGUCUGACGGUGCGUGCCGUCCAGAAAUAUCUCCUGGGAACAGACAUGACCCUCUUCACCACCGACCAUCUGGACGGAGUCGCCCCGGUAACGCCAUACCCCUCCGCCGCCACCGGGGGCGCCACCGAGCCCAGCGACAACUACCAGAGUCCCCCGUUCACAGAGGGGCUGGAAGCCCCAGCCCCCACAUACCAGGUCCCCAUAUACUAGUCCCUCCCUGUCCCUCUCCUCCCUGUCCCCUCCUCCCUGUCCUACUAGUCCCUCCCUGUCCCCUCCUCCCUGUC